AUACCUUUAAACCAAAUAUAGCCCUCCCUUGCUUAAUUUAUUUUUUUUAAUGUUAUCCUUUGUAAUCAAGCCUCUCCAGCAAGAAAUUCUUUUUUGAACGUUAAAAUAACUUAUCAAUCUAGCAUGCAAAAAUGGACAACAGUGUCUAUCGUUGUUUUGAUUGUGCUCAUCAAAGAACAAGUGUUUAUCUCCAGUGAAGUUUUUCAUGUAUUUGACGAACUGUUUGAUAAGUAAGGAUCGCACCAAGUUACAGCCUGUAAACACAACCAGAUUACUGCAACUUCAUUAGCCUCUCAAAUCUUAUUUAACACCAACAAAUGUAGCAAUCAGAAUGAUUAAAGAAAAGCAAUGGAGUGUUAGUAAUACAAGACUUAAGUACUAAUGCUCCACUUCAACAUUUUCUCCCUUUCCCACAGUAUCUCUCUUUUUCUCUGACAACAAGUUCACUCAUUUCCAAGUCUUGUAAAUUUCCUUUUCACUUUAUAGGGAUCUGGGGUCUCUUUUAUCUCCUCAAAAAACUCAAAAACAGACAUUUCUUCUACGCACAUUCAUUCGCUGAAGUUGCAUUUUUUAGUAAGGAUAAAGAGCAGAAUCGUUGUCGAGUUUUGUAGUUGGACUACCUGAUCUCCAAAUUAAAGAGGGAACUGCAGAGAUGGCUUAUACAUCAGAGCAUUAUGGGUUUAGUAAUGGUGCUUUACGGGUGGUUUUGGCGCUGGUGGCUAUGUUCUGUGUUGUCUACAUUGUUGGACCUGGAUUGUUUUCGAAGGGGAGUUCAAAUGAUGCGCAAGCUUCAUGCUUUUGUGAUUGCAAUUGCUUUGAAGUGGACUUAUCAUUGACAUUAGAAUUUAUCAACAACUCAUAUCCAGAAUGUGGCAAGCACGAUCCAGAAAUAAGUGAAGAAAUGAAGAAGGGUGUAGCUGAUUUAAUAUCAGAGGAGAUUGAUUUACAAAAAAGAGUAGCUAAUGAAACAUUGGAGCAGACAAGGAAUUUGGUAACAACUGCUAGGAGAAUUUCUUUACAAUAUCAAACCGAAGCACAAAAAUGCAGUGCGCACACAGAAACUUGCGAAGCAGGAAGGGAGAGAGCCGAGGCUGGACUGGUGGAGGAGCGUAAACUUACAGCAUUGUGGGAGCAACGAGCUCUAGAACUGGGGUGGGGAGAAAAUAUAACUUAUGCAGACAAUAACACUAUUCAUAGCCUAAAAAAGACAAAUCCGAUCGGAGAGGUGCGCCAUUAAGAUCAGCCAAGAAAAGAAUUUUGACACAUAAGUUGACUCAAAUAUACCCCCUGCCAUCAAAUCAAAAAAGAAAAAAAAAAAAGAAAAUCAUUAGGUUUUAGAAUGUGGAGUAGCUUGUUUAACCCUUUUUUACAGGGGUCUCUUGUGUAUAUAAAUAUUCUUUUUGCACUUUUUAGCUACUCUUUUCAAUAUGGAGUCAUCAUUAGGAUGCCUUAUAUGCAAAGGAAAUUAGAACACUGGAAUGAUUAUACAUAAAUGAUUCUUUUUUUUUAUU